UAUAAAUACCUUUCUUUCUCUUUUUCACAGCAUGCUUUUGCUGGGGCAUCAUCGAUGCUUCAAAUUUUGAUUUAGGAGAGCCCUAACAGAUGUUGGAGGCCGAGGAGGAUGCAAUUGGCGGUGCCUGUGAAUGCGAAGAGAAUGAGAUUUUAGUGUGAUCUGAAGGAGCAAGCUGCGAAAAUUGAAAUGGAUCAUCUGUUCCGAGAUGUUGAUGCCUCUUAUUUGCCGCCUUUAUCGCCCUUCUUAUCUUGGCGAGGCUUCCGAGCUCAAAGUACUGUGAUCUUCGUUUGGUGAACCGGCGCUUCCGUUCUCUAAUAAGAAAUGGUGAGCUCCAUGAGAUACGAAAGAAGAUUGGGCUUAAGGAGCCAAAAUUUUUUUUAGAUUCAGGAGAAGCCCGCUAUCAGUGUUAUGAACCAUAUACCAGGUCCUGUUGGGACCUCCCUGUAUGUCCAUACAACGAAACCACUCCAUAUCGUGCCAAGGAAUUGUUCUGCGUGGGAACACAUCUUCUUGUGUUGGGAAUAAUCAGUGGGGAUGUUGAUCUUUGGAUUGAUUCGGAUAUUUGGAGGUACGAAUUGGGGUUAAACCGGUGGUUCAACGGUCCUAUGAUGAUCACACCAAGAUAUUUCUUCGCAUCUGCAGACUGUGGUAGUGUGGUUUGUGUCGCUGGAGGGCAACAACAAGUUACUGAGGAGGCUUUGAGUAGCGUCGAAAAGUAUAAUCCUGAGAGCAAGUCAUGGGAGUCGCUCCCCAGUAUGAAUAUGCGAAGAAAGUUUUGCUCAGGAUUUUAUAUGGAUAGUAAGUUUUAUGUUAUCGGUGGCAUAAAUGAGAAUCGUGAUUCACUUACUUGUGGAGAAUGUUAUGAUUUUGAGCGGAAUGUGUGGGAACUUAUUCCUAAUAUGAUAGAAGAUGAUCCAUCUCGCUCCUCUCAACCCCAAGAUUUCAUGGCAGUUGUAAACAAUGAAUUGUAUUAUCUUGACAUCCCUUCUCACCAUCUCAACGUGUACUUGAAAAACAACAACACAUGGAAGAUAGUCGGUAGGGCGCCAGCGAGCAUAGAACUCUUCGAGGGUUGGGGAGUGAAAUUGAAGUCUUUGGGGGACGAGCUAGUUUUAAUCUGUAGAACGCUCCGCAAGUGCCCUACUUUAGAGAUCUUUAUGUGCUUCUGCACACCUAGUCCUGAAUUAGAUAAUGUAGAAUGGCGUGUCCUUGAUUUCCAUCGUCAAGGGCGGAACCCGUCCAUUUAUAAUUGUUGUGUAAUGAUGGCUUGAUCUGACAACUGAAGCAGAAUGGGGGCAAGCAAAUCACACAACCAAGUGAUGAAAAAGUUAGCAUUUAUUUUGGUUGUGUAUUUUCAAGCAUGUAGAUGCUGCUUGUUGAUUAUCUCCUAGUUUCAGUUUUCACAGCAGAACAAUGUGUUGUUUAUGUACUGGUUGAUGUUGCUCAUUUUGAUUAAUAGAAAGUUAAAUAUAAAUUUA